AUCUUGCACAUCACAUGAUUCACUUGCCGGUAGUCUCAACCAUGGCGUCUAAUGUCCAAAGUUUUCUUGGGAAUUAUUCAGAUAUUUUUGCAGUAGCAGGAGUAGUGUCUGUUUCAUAUAUCGCACUUAAGCUCGCCCUUUCAAUUUUUAAUGGCAUCAAAGUCUUUCUUCUGGCAAAACCGCUUGGUUUAACUAAGAAUUUCAAGAAAUGUGGACAGUGGGCUGUGGUGACUGGUGCUACAGAUGGCAUUGGAAAAGGAUACACACACCAACUCGCCAAGAAAGGAAUGGACAUUAUUUUGAUUAGCAGAACAAAGGCAAAGUUAGAAGAUUGUGCCAAAGAAAUUGAACAAAAGUUCAAAGUAAAAACCAAGAUUAUUGUAGCUGAUUUUAGUGCUGGUUUACAAAUAUAUGAUGCAAUAAGAAGACAGUUAGCUGGACUAGACAUUGGAGUUCUAGUAAAUAAUGUGGGAAUGUCAUAUGAUUUCCCUAUGUAUUUCUUGGAAAUCCCUGAUCGAGAAAAGAAGCUAAUGGACCUACUUCAUGUCAAUAUUACAUCUGUUACAAUGAUGACAAGUGUUGUUUUACCUGAAAUGGUAUCACGGAGUAGAGGAGUGGUCAUCAAUGUAGCGUCUGCCUCUGGUGUGAAUCCAAGUCCACUUCUUACUGUGUAUUCAGCUUCUAAGGCUUUUGUUCAUUAUUUUUCAUUGUGUCUAGAACGAGAAUACAGGGACCGUGGUAUUACUGUACAGAGUGUAUUGCCAUAUUUUGUUGCUACCAAAAUGUCUAAGAUAAAAAAAGGUAGCUUUUGGAUACCAUACCCUGAUCAGUAUGCUGCCAGUGCCUUAAAUACUGUUGGUUUUGAGAAGACAACAAAUGGAUGGUGGUCACAUAGCAUUACUGGAUGGUUGUUUGAUAUGAUCCCAGAAAGUCUCAUGCUGUAUUCGGGUAUGAACAUUUUGCAAGGUCCAAGGAAGAAGGGACUGAGAAAAUCCAAUGCUCCAAAAAAGGAUUAAAGUCUUCUGUUUUUAAUUAUAUUUGAUAAUAAAAAUGAUGAAAUCAUUUA